AUGUUUGAUUAUCCAAUAUUUCUAAAAAAUUUAUCAUACCUUGAUUUAUACAUUUCAGUAUCAAAAUGGUUUAAUCUAUAUGAUAAAUGGUGCGAAGUUUAUAGGGAAAGGGUGGCGAUUCUAUCAAGGGUUUUAUUGGAAAUGUUUAUGCUGAAAUCAAAUUCUUUGGUUAAGCUGUCGAUUGAAACAGGUGACAUGUUUAUGGUAAAGAAUAAUCAUUUGAAUGUGUUUGGUUUACCAGGGUCAGAUGAGUGCCUGGCAAAAUUAAAACAAUUCACUUGUAUCGGAGAUUUUUUAAAAUAUGAAAUAUUUUUGAGCGCAUCGAAAACAUCUAGAAAUAUUAAAACACUAUACAUUAGUCCGGGUCGUGUGGGUGCUUUGCACGAACAUAAUGUACCUCAAAGACAAAUUGAUAAUUUAAUUGAUAUCGUAUAA